CCCCUCUGGAGGAGAGGCGGCGAGGGAAAGAGGCUGGCUGGCUGCUGCUUUGCGAGAGAAGCCUGCCGACUGGCGACUCCGCCUGCUUCUUUCCAGGCCAAGAGGCACGAAGGAGGAGGAGGAGGGGGGUUCCUGCAGGAGGUGGCGGGGGCGGUCAAGCAGAGAGCCUCCCCCAUGCAAACUCCCCGGCAGGCAGGCAGGCUUCAGCCCCCGCUCCUGCUGCCAGUAGCUGCCUCCCCCGCUGUCAUGAGCAUCCAUAAAGGAGGAUCCCGCUCGCAGCGGCGGCAGCAGCCUGGCGAAUAAGGGCGCGCGCGCGCAGGGCGCACGGAGUGGCAAAGGCGAAGGAGACGAGGCAGAGGCUGCGGGCUGGCGGAGGAACAGGAGAGAUUCAGAUUGCAAGCCGGGACGCUCCGUCGGCUUCGGGAAAGCCCUGCGGGGGCCGAGGACACGCGCCUCGCUUUGCUGGACGCACAGGUUGGGGAGGGAAGAAUCUCUCCAAAAAGGGGAUUUACGCUCGCCACGUUUCUGGCGCGGCCGAAGAGAAGACUGGGCUGGACGGCAAUCCACCUGUCUGCCUCUCACCGCCUACCACUUCAGGAGGGCCGGGCGUCAGGACGCGAAGCCACCGGAGGCGCCUCUGGUCACUCCCCCUGCAGGACCCCGCGCCCCCCGCCCCCUAAAGCCUUUCCACGCUCGGUAAGGUGGGCCAGAGCAGCGCCCCCGCCCCUCCUCCCAACGCCGGACACGCUUCCCUUCUCCAAAGAGGCAGCUCCCUGCCACCUUCUUGGCCAGAUCUUCGCCCGCCUUCAACAUCUGGCAUAGCCAUGACUCUCUGAUCGCACGUCUCUCCACCCCCGCCGCAGGCACGCAGAGUGCUCCGCCCCUGAUCCCCAAUUUUGGCGUAAGCUGAAAAGGGCACAUUGGAUCACCCCUCGUCCUGGGGCCCAGCUGAGCCCCUGGGUGCCCCCACUGCCGUCGGCGGGAUGAAGCCUUUGGAGAAAUUUCUGAAGAAGCAGGGGUCUCACUUGGCUGCCCGGGCUGGCCCCGGGGCUGGUGGGCAGCUGCCUCGCAGGCAAAGCGUCUCCAAGAUCCUGCUGCCCGGAUUCCUCAAGGAGCCCCCCGAGGAGCCCCCCGAAGGAGGCACGGACACUGCUGGUGAUGGGCGAUGGCUGGAGCUGCGGCCCCCCGAUUCAUCUCUGCGCUCCCCAACGUCCUUCUCCUCCGAGGAGCUGUCCCCAGGCGGUGGCGGAGGAGGCGAAACGCAGCUCAGCCCUGAGUCUGUACCCACCUGCUGCUGGGCACCGCUGGCAGAACCUGAGAGCCCCGAUCGACUGCUGGGGAGACUUCUGGAGAGGCUGGGAGGCGACCCGACAGCCCCCCAUGGGCAUGGCUGUGGUGCAGACCUGCUGCUAGACGACAUCGUCCUCACCCACUCGUUGUUCCUGCCCACAGAGCAGUUCCUGCACCAGCUGCACCAGCACUUCAUGACAGCGUCAACAAUCCCAUCACCGCCAUGUUGGAAGGAAGGCGAAGUCAUGCACCGAAAGCGAGCGGUUUUGGUUAUUUUGCUUCACUUCCUCGAGACGUACAAGGGGAUCUUGCAGGAGGAGGAGAAAGCAGGCAAAGUUAUCAAGGACCUGUAUCUGCUCAUUAUGAAGGACUCCUCCCUCUAUCACAAACUGGAAGAUGAAAUUUUGAAGCUUCAUCAGCUUGUGGAGACAGUUGAACUCAAGGUGACUGAAGAAAGCCACCCCCCCAGCAAGCAAGUCAAACCCCUUUUCAGGCAUUUCCGGCGCAUAGAUUCCUGCCUCCAGACACGGGUUGCUUUCCGUGGUUCAGAUGAAAUCUUCUGCCGUGUUUACAUGCCAGACCACUCAUAUGUCACCAUCCGCAGCCGCCUCUCGGCCUCCGUGCAGGACAUCCUCGCCUCAGUGACUGAGAAGCUCCAGUACUCAGAUGAGCAGCCCACCCGGGAGGAGGCUCUCAUCCUGGUGGCAGUAGCGUCCUCAGGAGAGAAAUCUGUGCUACAGCCCAAUGAAGAGUGUGUUUUCACCACCCUGGGGAUAAACAGCCAUCUCUUUGCCUGCACUAAGGAGAGUUUCCCAUCGCUGGUCCCUCUCCCUGAGGAAAUCCAGGUGUCGCCAGGUGACACGGAGAUCCACCGGGUUGAAGCCGAGGAUGUGGCGAAUCAUCUCACAGCCUUCCACUGGGAAUUGUUCCGCUGUGUCCAUGAGCUGGAAUUCGUGGACUACAUAUUCCAUGGGGAACGUGGUCGGCGGGAGACAGCCAACCUAGAGCUGCUGCUGCAGCGCUGCAGUGAAGUUCAGCACUGGGUGGCCACGGAGGUGCUGCUGUGCGAGUCGCUGGGGAAGCGGGCCCACCUUCUCAAGAAGUUCAUCAAGGUGGCAGCCGUAUGUAAACAGAACCAGGACAUGUUGACAUUCUAUGCCGUGGUUAUAGGGCUCAACAACGCACCUGUCAGCCGUUUGCGUCUCACCUGGGAGAAGCUUCCAGGGAAAUUUAAAAACCUAUUCCGGAAAUUUGAGAACUUAACGGACCCCUGCAGGAAUCAUAAAAGCUACAGAGAAGUCCUCUCGAGAAUGAAGCCCCCCAUGAUCCCCUUCGUUCCCCUCAUCCUAAAAGAUCUGACAUUUUUGCAUGAAGCUAGCAAAACCUUGUUGGACGGACUAGUCAAUGUAGAGAAGCUGCACUCAGUGGCAGAGAAAGUUCGGACAAUCAGGAAGUGCCGGAGCCGGCCCCUCUGUCUGGAAAUGGAGUCAUCUCCCCAACAGCUGCAGACGAAAGCUUACGUCCGGCAGUUCCAAGUUAUUGACAAUCAGAACCUGCUCUUUGAGCUCUCUCACAAGCUGGAGUCAAACAGCCAAUGAGGCAGCUGCCCACAGGGCAGGCGUCACUAGCAAAGAAUGUUUACUCUGCGCAAUACUCGAGCACUUUUUGGAUGUACAGGGGUUCCUCCUUAGGGUCUGACCUUGUUGGAGAGGAGAGCACGGAGUCGCCAAAUGGCAGGGAUGGCUAAGCUUGGUGGGGGUGUCCCGUCCAAGAAAUCCUGGUGACUGGGGUGCAAAAUCAAAACGGCACCUUGCCUUCCUACGGUUUGAGCUUGGGACACAAUUCGCCGCAGAGUUCUCCUGCCAGGGCUGGCCCUGAGAUAAUUUUGAUGCCAGAGAUUGAAAAUCUAACUAGCACCUUCCUGUUCCCUUGCCUCUUCCCCAGCAGUAAAAAAGCAAACAACUAUAUAAGUAACCGAAAAAUGUGCUGCUCUUUUAACCGUGCCCCCAAAUCUAUUGCCUUUGCCUAUUGGCAGAGCUCUCUUGGUCUCCUGUGCAAGCUUCAUUUAAGGGAAGGGAGACUCCGCCAGAGCAUCCCGUGAGUGGGACUUGCGCAGAAGAAUCUCCCAGGGAGUAUUGGGGACCCUUAUCCCCCCAUCUGUCCGUUUCCCUCUCUGCCACCUGGAAUGGCGCUCCAAAUUGGUUGCCUGAGGUGACUAUCUCACUUCGCUUCACGGCAGAGUGUAGAGCGGUUUGGAGGACUGAACCCAAAAUGGCCCGAGGAGAUGGAACAGUGUUUUGUGGAGGUCAAGACAAAGCAGGAUAUCUUGGAUUGCUUGUGGGACAACUCACACUAGCGGCCAAUGCCCUUUCCAGCAGUUUCCCUCCCCACUAUAACUGUAAUCGAAUAAGUCCUUGAAAACAAACAGUUUAUGAAUCAGAAAAAUAAGCUUCCGGUGUCAUGAGUUGGACGUAGUAGAGUUGCCAGAGGCAGUGUGUGCAGAAACGUCAAGAAAUGACAGUUUUCUACCUUUCAUUUCUCCUAUUUCUACACUAUUAUCAGUGGGCAUUUUUAUUUUUGUAUUAGAAAGGUUUGAUGUGGAAACUAUUAUUAUUAUUAAGAAUAAGAAUAAUUCACAGGAGACUCUCAAAAGUAUUUUUAUGGUUCUGUUCUAACAGAACGUUGCUUUGUUUUUAAAAAGCUAGUCCAGGUAAACUGAAGUGGGAACAUAUUUCCCCCAGGUAUUCUUAAAAUUCAGUUUUGAUUGGCUCUGACAGAUAAGACAGUAUUCAACGAUUUCCAUUCUUUGGGAUCUGAGCCACAGGGACUUAAAACAGGCACUGAAAUUAUAAGGCUGUCAUACUCGUAGUUCCUUAUUGAGGCAGAGCCAGUGCUGUGUAAUAGUUAGGAGGCCAGGGUUCGAAUUUCCACUCAGGCUCACUCAGUGACUUUGGGUCAGUUACUGUCUCUCAGCCUAACCUACCUCACAGGGCUGUUUGUUGUGAGGAUAAAAUGGGGAGGGGAGAACCACCGCCUUGAGCUCACUACAAACUGAACUGGCCUAAAAGUCAUUUCAGGCCCCCACAGUACUGUGGUUCUCUGACAGGGACCUAGGGGUAAAGAUUUGCCUUAACAAAGAAUCCUAGUCACUUCCCCCAAACUACAAUUUCCAGGAUUCUUUGUGGGAAGCCAUGACAGUUUUUAAUUGUAGUCUAGAUAUACAGAGUUUCUGGUUUUGGCUGCUGUCCGAAUGUUUUUUGUCUCUUCCUCUUGAAUUGGGCUCUAGAUAUAGGUCACUCUUGAGUCCUGGGAUGUGUCUUUCAGUAACUUGGAAGAGCCUCGGAGAGGCAGGGAGAUUUCCAUCUCAGGAUAGGAUAGUGGGGUUUCCCCUCUCUAUAAAAUCACAGGGAUGUUCACAAUAACACUUAACUACAUUGUCCCUUGUUAUUCCCAGAGUUUUGAUGGUUACACAGUGAUAAAACAAUUUUUGUUCUCACUUCUCCAAAGUGCCUUUAAAGGAUGCAAUGUGUCGAUUUCAAUCUAUCUUCACGUUAAUCUGGAAUAAACUAUCGAGAUUAAUACAAGACUGGGGAAGAUUUCCAUAAACUUUGAUGGAAACAGCAUGUUGGAAGAGGGAAUGAUCUUUUUCUGUGCUCCCCCUCCAAUUGUGUGAACAAAAAGUUGAUUUGAAGUGUACUGUACGAAUAAGGUCAAGUGACCUCAAGAAAAGACUUCAAUUCUCAAAAGUGUUGAAUUUAAUCCAUGCUGGUAAUUGUGAGAUCAGAACCAGAGAUACUGUUUAUUUUGGAUUAUUUAAUCUGGGACAACUGGAUAGAAUUUAGUGGACCCUCCCAAUAGGUUUUAACCAACUUUCUGUGACACAAAUUGCCAAACACACAUAUAGGCCAGCCCUUCCCACAUAGAGAAUUUGUAAUCCACCCUACAGUUGAUUAUGAGGGUCAGCAGUGGGUUGCAGUGGCAUAGUCCUGCUAUCUUGCAAAAGUACUGAACCUCCUAGCAUCUUUCAAGAAACACAGGUGAAUUAUUUAUCUUCGUUAUACUUGGAGAUCUCUAAAAAGUUGCUUUGAGCUUAGGGAACCUCUGUGAUACAAAGGAAAAACUCUUGGUCUUGCCCAGUCCUCUAAUUUUUGCAUGGAAGAAUCAUAUCUCAGGGCUAUGUCCCAGAAGCUGUGUGUUCCCCCUGGAAUUUGUUUCCAGUGCCAUGAUCCAAUCCUGGAAAUGUGAAGUAAUAAUAAGAAUGCCUCUGAGCCAGUCCAGAGUGCAUUGUCCACACUACUGAAUAACCACAGCCCAUUCCCACACAUUUCUUGAUUAGGGGGCAGGGAUUUCAGGGUCAAAAGAGAAAGGCGCCUGCUUCUCUUUUUAGAAAUGGACUGCUUUCCCUACCAUGUUUCUAACAGCUUUAAUAUUAGGUCAAAAAUUGAUAUCAAAGAGCAGGUGUUGUAAAGAAUUUAUCUCGUUGUUGUUGAUUUUUUAAAAUGGCUUUUCUCUUUGCUGACCUCCUCCCUUCUCUUUGAUAAGGGUUGUUUUUAUUUGUGUGUCUUGGGGGGGGGGGUUGUUGCCUCUUUCACAGGGGUGAGGAACCUGUGGCAAUCCAGAUGUUUCUGAAUUUCAUCUCCUAUAUCAUUGUUGCUGGCCAUGUUGGCUGGGGCUGAUGGGGUUCCAGCAACCUCAGGAUGCCACCAGGUUCCCCAUACCUGAUCUAGUGGCUUUCUGUUCAGGGACUUUUCAUUUCAGGGUCUCUCGCUUUUGUCUAUAUUUCUUUUUCUCUCUCCCGGUGAGAGUUUCAGGUCCUAAUGCGAGGAUGUGUAUAUAUUUAUAUAUAUUUUUAACAAGACACUCUUGAAUUGUACAUUUAUUUUUUAAAGAAGAGCCUUGUAUCAUUGGACAAUUGUACAGUGAAUUUUCUACUGUUGGAAUGAGGGGAUCGCUUGCCUACACAAAUAACCCUACAAGCUUCCGCGAGGUGGAAUGUAAGAUGUAUUGUGUUGUUCUGGGGAAGCUUAGGUAUUUUUUUGGGGGGGGGGAGGUCUGGCUGUUGUUGAUAUUAUUCUUAAUAAUAAUUAUUGUUGUUAUUGUUUUGGUACUGCAGCACUUGGGUGAGAAGCCAAUGGUGGAAAUAAAUAAUUGUGAAAAAUAGAAUCAGUGGUUGUCUUUUGUACAGAUUAUUAUGUAAAAUUCUUUUAUAUAGUCUCAUCAAUGUGCGUGGCUCUGUACACAAGCCAUGCAAUCUAAAAAAACACAGAUACAAUAAAAAUGAGUAGUUUAAAAUGCAAAAUUCACUGGAAUGCAGUGAGCUGGCAGCAAUAUUGUGACUUCUUCAUAUGAAAUGUGAGUGAACAAAGGAUGGCAAUUUCAGACGGGUUGCUUCCACGUUAGAAGUUUACCUAUGAGUUGAUAAUAGAACAUCCAUCUUUCUUGUAUAGAAAUCUGUUUGAAUUUGAGUGUGACACUAGCUUCUGGUUUUAACCCAGAAAAGGAACUAUGCCUAGGUAUCACUGCUGUGCUU